AUUUUAUAUUAUACUAUGAACAUUGAAGCUCUUUUCAGCGUCAAAGGCAAGGUUGUCCUUGUUACUGGUGGAUCGCGAGGUAUUGGAGAGAUGAUUGCCACUGGAUUCGUCCAGGGUGGUGCUCGUGUCUACAUCAGCAGUCGCUCAUCCAAAGCAUGUGACGAAGUUGCUGCCAAGCUGACUGCCCUUGGUCCCGGAGAAUGCAUCUCAUUACCUGGUGAUCUCCAAAAUCUUGCUGAUCUCAAAGGACUUGUUGCUGAAUUGACCAAGCGUGAAACUCACCUCGAUGUCCUCGUUAACAAUGCUGGAGCUACUUGGGGUGCUCCCAUUGAUAGCUACCCCGAUGCAGCUUUCCAGAAAAUCAUGAACCUCAAUGUUACUCGUAUCUUCACUUUGACCCAGGCAUGUCUUCCUCUUUUAAGAGCUAAUGCUUCGGCUGAUAGCCCAUCAAGCGUAAUUAACAUCGGUUCUAUUAAUGGUGAAAGUGUUCCCGGUAUGGAAACUUAUGCCUACUCUUCGUCCAAGGCUGCAGUUCAUCAUUUGACUCGUCAUUUGGCUAGCACUCUAGGAAAAGAACAUAUCCUUGUAAAUGCUGUUGCUCCUGGAUCAUUCCCCUCCAAGAUGAUGGCUGCUACUCUUAGAGACUUUGGGGAUGAAAUCAUUGCCAAGGUCCCUGUUGGCCGAGUUGGUACACCUGAGGAUGUAGCAGGUACUUGCAUCUACCUUGCAUCAAGAGCUGGUCAAUAUACUUGUGGAAGUGUUAUUGUUGUUGAUGGAGGUGCUCUUCACAGCAGCUCCAAGAUUUAAAACAAAUUUUCAAGAAUGUAUACAAUAGUUGAUGAAGUUAUCUAUCUUAAGGACUAAUAUAAAUACAUAAAUUUUGUACAAAAUAAUUAAUAAAUACAUAAUAAUGUGUUUUC